AUGAUUAGAUUUAACAUAUUUUGGUCGCAUGUUGUCUACGACAAAGAUUUUCUCAACCCACUUCUAUAUUUCCUACAAGAAUCGUUGCCAUUUUAUGUCUCAUUGAAAAAUAUUUUUGAAGAUAAUGAGACUGCACUUCGGCUUUAUGAAAAAGUAUGUCGAAAUGGUAUUGUAAUUGUAUGCCGUUUAAUAACAAACCGUGAAUCAGAAAUCGAGUUUAUGUCAAAAGAAAAACAAGCAGAGAUCCUCUACAGCAAUUUCAUCAUUUCGAUUCCAAUGAUUUUUGAUUUGGUGACAUUAUUAGGAAGCAACAAUAAAACUUUACUGCAGAAAAUCAUCGAGACUUUGGUGAAAAUUGAACCAAAGUAUUUGAAUGACUUGAAAAUGGGAAUAAAAUUCAUUCAAAGCACUUUCAUCAAAAUGCGAGAACAGUUGAAAGUAAUUGAGACUGAAAAUAGAGAUUUGGACGAGAAAUAUGAAGAUAUUACUUUAUAUUUGAUGAAUAUUGCUUCAACACUUAAUCUUAUCAUCGAUACAGCUUCAAAUGAACUCAAAACAUUUUGUAGUCGUGAUUUUCAUCUUGAGCAAUCAAUUGCGAGCCUCUACGAUAACUUCAUUCCUAUUCUUUAUAAUCUCGCGUAUUCAUUUGAUCCAGAUGCAUGGUUUCUAACUUACAUCAGCUAUGCACGCAUAGAACUUAUCAACUGUUACAGAAACUUGAUAAACCGUGGAAUUUCGGCUAUUUUAAAUGCAGGAGACAAAAAUCGUCGCAAACUUGCUGAUGAAAUUUUAUCAAUAUUAACCGAGUGUGCUGGUUACAAAACUUUCAUUAUCGAUUAUGUUCAAAUGUAUCCCAUUGAGAUGGACUUAGACAUCAUCACACAAGGAGGAAAAAAUAUUGACAAAAUUAAACUUAAUUUUGUCUCUGAUGCUUAUAAAAUUGAUCAAGCUGCGUCUAAACUAUCUAACGGACAUCACAACAACGAUAUUGUUGAUCCUUUAAACGGUGAUGAAGAAUUUGAAGGCGCAUGUGCUUUGCCUGUUCAUCAAAAUGAAUUUAGUAAAGCAUCAAUGACAACUCAAAAUGUCGAAGAGGUUUUACAAAUUGAAACCAGUAAAAUUUUGGAAUUGUUUCCACAUUAUGGUGUUGGAUAUAUUCGAAGACUAUUGGCGUACUACAAUAACAAUUCAGAAGAAGUUAUAUCGAAGAUUGUUGAAGGUAACUUAGAUUCAUCAUUCAAUGAUUGUGACAUCGACGAACCUUAUAUCCCUAAAGAUAUUCCUGACAAGGUUUUUCUUGCGACUGGUCUUGAACGAUCAAAUAUCUACGAUGGUGACAAAAGGAACCGAAAACUUAUCACGAACUUCUAA